AUGUGGUCGAGGGCCUUGGAAACUCUCCCACCCGACGAAAAGGGCCGACUGAAGGCCUUUGUCGAUGUCGACGCCGACGGGCCAGAGGUGUUGAGCGACAUCCUCCAGGCCGCUCAGCAGAAGAAGGUCGAGGCACAGGAAAAGCGGUGGAGGUUUACCUGGCAUGGUCAUACCUACAUCGUUAGAGACUAUUUGGAGAAGAUUAUUGCCUGGGUCGAAAGGUUCAAGGCUGUGGGUGAUACAGCUGUGCAGUAUGACCCUACUCAUGCGGCGCUGCCUUGGGCCUGUGUUCGCUUCUUCCUCCAGGCGGCCGUCGAUAACGUGCGGGCUUUCGGCAUCAUGGCUGAGAACAUGAGCCAGGUUGUAAAUCUCAUUGCUCAAUCUGCGAUCGUGGAGGACCUAUAUCUGGGUCGCAACCUCAAGAUUGCCCGCCUCCUGGAACAGUCACUCACUCGACUGUACGCUCGUAUCCUGCGUUUUCUGGACAGAACCGCCAACUACUACUCGAACGGCACGGUUAAAAACUUGGCGAAAAGCGCGCUCGGUGACUUGGAGGCUACCAAAAGUAUUUCCGAUCUGGUCGCCGUCGAGCAGGACGAAAUCGAGCGUUGCAUGGGUAUUGCAGAAGCCGAAAUUCGUGAGCUAGCCGCCGCAGAGUCAGAGCAAGCUCAAUCUCAAUACACGACGGACAUGAAGAAAAUCUUAUCGGCCCUAAAAUCUCCAAUUUGCAGGAUUGCCGCAGACACAUCGCAACUCCUAAAGCUAUCCCAAGAAACUGAUCGCCAGACCAUAUUGAGGUCUCUCUCCACGUUGCCGUAUCCGUCUCAUCACCAGGCUGCGGUCCGUGGGCGUUUAGAUGGGUCAGGAGAAUGGCUGUUACAUCACCAAGCCUUUCGUAGCUGGCGGGGAAGCAGUUCGUCCACGAUUCUUUGGCUGCACGGCAUCCCAGGCUGCGGGAAAACAAAGCUCUGCUCGGUUGUCAUCUAUUCGAUAAAAGCCAUAAAAGCUGAAUCGGCUGAGCUUCUGGCUUUUUUCUACUGCGCCAGAGAUCCGCGAGAACCUUUGCGAGGACAGUGCAAAGCCGCUGUACAGAGUCUUCUACGGCAAGCUGUAGCUAUGUCCCCGAACCGAACAGUCCCGAAAGCAGUGAAGACUAUGUAUGAGAAGAUACAAGAUGAGGGCUUCGAGGAACGUGAGUGGUCGUUGAAGGAAUGCAAAGACACUCUCAUCCAUGUCAUGGACAUCUACCCCUCACUAACAAUCGUUAUCGACGCCCUGGAUAAAUGCGACGAGGAUGAACGGAUGGACCUUCUCGUCUCGCUUAAGGAAGUGAGAGACAAGUCUGCGAAUCUGGUCAAAAUUCUUAUCUCGAGUCGUGACGAUGUUGAUAUUGUCUCAUCGCUAGCCGAUACGUCAGACAUCAGAGUCAGCGCCGCUCACAACUCUGUGGAUAUCAACCGAUUCGUUGAUGAGAGAGUUAGUGCGCUCAUGGACUCUCGAGAGAACCUCUACGGCCCUGGACUUCCGGGACUUCGCCAAGAUGUUGCGUCAGUUUUGUCAGAGAAAGCCGAGGGAAUGUUCAGAUGGGUAGACCUGCAGCUCGAGACGUUGAAGCGUGCGAAACUCGACCAGGACCUCAAGUCUCGGCUUGGCCGCCUCCCACGAACCCUUGACAACUCAUACUACGCAAUCUACUGCGCCAUCCAAGACUCUGGGACUUGUGCAAAACUCCUUGCCAACGGCGUGUUUCAAUGGCUGCUCUAUGGACAACAAGCGAUAGAAACGGAGACAUUCGCGGCCUUCAUCUCCCUUGUUACCGGGGCCUCGGUUAUCCCGCUGAAACCACAGCACCUGUUGGACAUUUGUGGAAAUCUGGUAGAGAUUGACCCAGCACUCAACGUCUUCCGCUUUGUCCAUCUGUCAGUCCGCGAGUUCUUCGAACAUUUCCAGGGCCGUGGAGAUGAGACAUUCACCCCGUCAAAGGGGCAUGCAGCCUUGGCCCACCACAGUUUGCUGCACAUAUGCUCCAGCCUGGCUCCAACUCGCAUAGCCGCCAACCAGGAGCUGUUGGGGGAAGGCAUCUCCUCGUACCCCAUUUCCGAAAAAUCAGUGAAAAAGUACGUGGACCAACCUCAUCCAGAUUCCUCGAUAUUCGAGAUCUGGUGUCGUACCGCCGCUUUUGAUGGAGUCACGGGACUGGAGCUGGAAAGGUGUUACUCAGCUACCAGAAGCCCGGCCCAUCCAGUGUGGCUGGCGUGUGCUUUUGACUUGGAGAAGGCCAUAGACUUCUGCAACUGCCAAGGAGGGUUUGACACGGAAAUGAGAACAGGUGUUUCUCUCACGCCCCUACUCGAAGCUGCUAGACUCGGUAGCCCUGGCACCCUUCGCAAGUUAGUGGAAUGCGGGGCCGACGUCUGGGCAGUGACGGCCAACUACCGCAAGGGCGUCGCGGACUUUGCCCUUGAGAAUGGGCAUACGUCUGUGAUUGAGCAACUUGAGGAGCUCGGUCUGAUGAAGCUUUUCGCAUCAGUCAAGGCCAAUGAUGGCAUGGGCUCCUCUUGCCCGAGGAGAUUGGCCAAAGAUGAGGCUGCUAUAGAGGAGAAACCAUCUGUUCAUGUCGACUUUCUUGCUCAUGAAUGGAAGGAUGGAGAAUUCUGGGCCUCUCGGAGAUAUCUAGCGUCUCACGGAUCCGAAUACGGCAACAAAGCUCGCUUGGAAAACGCCGCAUGGCGUGCUUGGACGAAGGCUAAGGAUGGUCUAAAGACCGUGCCGCCAGACAAGCUUAAUUGGUUAAUCCCCUCCUCCGUUGAAAGAUUGCGAUGUGACCUGGCUUUAUGGGCCAAUGAUUACGGGCUCGAAUACAAGCCCAAACGGUUUCAAAUCAACAGAAAGCAGGUCUUUCAACGAGAACGAGUUUACAAUCCCUCUGCAGAGGAGGAUGUGGAUGUGUAUGUUGACUCCCCAGACAAUGGCAAUCAUGAGGAUCCGAACGAAUGGCUUAUUUCAGAGGAAUCCGAGGACAUUUAUUCAUUAAUUAUAGGCCAGAGGACGGUAAUGCUUCCGCCAACAACACUUAGGCCCUGA